CUUUACCCUAUCUUGUCAUCCACCCUUUGCAGUCCGCUUACGAUGAAUUUAUCGAGACGCCAGUCAAUUCUUCGGAUUCCGAACCCUCCACCAGACUUCUACCUUCAGCUGUCCUUGUUGGGUGUACUGGAUCAUAUUCGGAUUCGAUAUGCCCCGCUCAAACCGGGCUACAACCUACACCUCAAGCAAAGCCUGUCGUCUAGCACGCGAAUGGUUAGAGGAAUGCGAAACCAAGCAUGGAAUCUGCAGAAAACCGGUCACCAUUUCUGAAUUCACCUUACCACGACGGCUCAUAGAUGUCGGUAGUCCUGACUCACGAGCUCCAUUCCUGAUCGAAACAGCGACUCUGGAAGACAAAAACUGUCGAUAUGCGGCACUAAGUCACUGCUGGGGCGAUCCAAGUAAGCUUCUACAAACGCUUGCUUCGAACAUCUCCGAGCACUAUGAAGAGAUUCCCUGGGCCGCUCUUCCGAACACGUUCCAGGAUGCGAUAACAGUUACACGAGGCCUCGGAUUACGCUACCUCUGGAUUGACAGCCUCUGCAUCAUUCAGAAGAAUAAGACGGAUUUCGAGCAUGAAUGUGCUUCCAUGCACCUCAUCUACCUCCACUGCUGCGUUACGAUUGCUGCUUCGGAUUCUCAUAACGGUACGGAGGGAUUUUUGAAAUUCUGGGACGACUUCGAUCAGCCAGCUUCAGCUGCUACGCUUCCGGCACCGCCUUCAGCGACUUCAACUCCGAAACCCCUAGCUCUAAAGACUCAAAUUCCCGUGGAUGAACAAGCAUUUCGACCGCCAUCAUCGCAAUUUCGACACAAUCGGUACAUUGAGUGGUCUGAGUGGUCGAAGGUCUUAGACGGGCCGCUUAACACACGAGCGUGGGCAUAUCAAGAACGUCAACUAGCUCCGCGGAUCUUACAUUAUACAAGAUAUGGCGUAAUGUGGGAAUGUCGGCAACGUAUCGGAGCUGGAGACUCCAGAUUGUUACAGCUUAGAAGGAUAUGUGUUGGCCUGAGAUGGGACAGGUUCUUCCCUAGCCUAAAUGCAUUCAGAGUGCUAGAUACGGAUAAAUCGCGCCAGAGCUUAGACGAAAUCAUGGACCUAUGGCUCCUGAACGUGGAGGCGUAUUCGCAGAGACAACUUUCACACCCUGAGGACAAGUUGCCCGCCCUAUCGGGCCUCGCUGCGGCGGUGGUAGCUAUGGCAGAAGGAAGCGCUGCUGUUGAGCCUCACACCUAUCUAGCAGGCAUUUGGCUCUCACACAUCCAACGACAGCUUUUCUGGUGUGCUGGUGAGCCUGAUGAGCAUGAUCCUGGAGUACCGUUCUGGCCACCUCAGGAGGCAAACUCUCUUCCAUCAUGGUCUUGGGCGUCUUAUGACGGUCCAGUCAGCUUUUACCCUCUCGGAAGGCUCAAUGAGCAUGCACCGUACCACCAUAGAUAUUCGAGGACCGAAUUGUUCAAAGGGGAGUACACAGACACUCAAAAUAUGCGACGAUGUGACCGUUUCGAAUAUCUAUCAAAGGACAUCUCUCCUGCAGGCGCAGACCCUUUCGGAGCAAUACAGGGCAACUGUUUACGAAUUCAGGGAUCCUUUUUCGAUGAAGACGUUUCCAAAAUGACGGAAUGUGCUCAGAAAAAUACUUACAGGUUGCACUGUGACGAUGGAUUGGCAUCUGUUCUGUAUGUUUUGUUCGAUCUGAUUCCUCCCAGUUUUGAAGGUCUAACUUUACGCUUCCUCUUGUUGUUGAAGGAUAAUUACCUCUUUUGUGGCAUAGUCCUACAAGCCACUGAGACAAGAACCUUUCGAAAAGUCGGCAUUUUUGGCAUUCGAACGAGCGAUAAUAGGGCCGACUUAGGCUGGCAUCUCAGAGAGAUGACAUUAGUAUGAGUCCGGGGUCUGGGCGAAACUGUAUUUGCACUCCUCUGAAAUGCACAAAGUACUGUUAGGCCGAGGUCCAAGGUAUUCGAGAUCUUUCGUACAUUGCAAAC